AUGCUAACUACACAGCCUUCUUUUCCAUCGGCUUCCGUCACUCCUGGGAGACACGUAACUCGGAAUGGUCCCUUGUUGACGCCGAUGUGGCCGCCCCAGCGCCCUCCCCAAAACCCCCUAGACGGGGAGAAUUCGAAUGAGGACGCCGAGCGAUUCAAAAAGCUCCUGACCGAACGCGAUGCGCGUAUUAGUGAGCUUGAGGAAGAGCUCAAUAAGCUGAAGAAGGAGGCAAAGCCAAUACAACCUGAAGGAGCAAGUGCAGAUGCCAUCGAUACCAGUCCACCGAAGCUGGGCACGUGCCGUGACCCCGAACCUAGCUCGACGAGAUUGGGCGAUGAGUGCUGCCGAGCUGCGGCGGUUUCGGGCGGUGAGGAAUGUCAAGGCAAGAAGGAGGCGCAGAAGCCAACGCAAGUUGUGAAAGAGGAGCUGGGUCUGAACAAGACCAAAUUGGUCAAAGAAACGGUCGGCGCUCACGAGCUUGUUGUGAAGUCGCCACGGAAAAAUGCAGGUGAGCGGCAGCUCAUAAUGAGAGCGUUGAAGAGUACACUGAGUACACAGGCACAGCUGAAAUUCAACCAGAUCGGUCUUGAGCAGAUCAUUGACGUCGCCUGGAAAGAGAGCAUCCCUACUGGCAAGGAAAUCAUCUCCGAAGGUGAUCUGAUUGUGGACCAUUUUUACAUCUGCCAGUCGGGGUCGUUUGAGAUCUACGUUGCGGACACCAGAAAGGGUCAAGGGGGCCGGAAGUUAGUGCGAACAGUGACCUCUGGUGGCAGCUUUGGAGAGAUAGCCCUGUUUAACGGGGGGCCGCAGUCAGCCACCGUCAUCGCUCAGGAGGACAGUUCUGUUUGGGUCGUAGAUGGCCGGAUUUUCAUGGAUUCCGUGGUGAAGGCUUCCCAGGAGUCCGCGAUGGAUUCGCCCAUUCGACUGGUCGGACAGGGCUUGCAUUUAAGUGGCUCUUGCGCGAUGUCCUGGCCCAUGCCAGAUGAAGAGUGGCAUGCGGACAUCAUGCAGCUCGCGAUCACGCUCUGGCCGUUGCCACCCGGCUACGAGGGCGACGAUCGCCCAGAUCCCAUCCCUACGCAUGCCGCAGUGUUCGAAAACAGACCUCUGGUGCAACGUAAGUACGACUAA